CCCUUCUCUUCUCGUUCUCCUCGGAUUAGGGUUUUUCCGUCCUCUCAUAUCCCUACCUUUCUCCCUGCAACUCUUCACCGUUGGUCCCAAUUUAUAGCUCUGCCUCUUUUGCAUUUAACUAUUAGGUUCCUCAAAUUCUUUCAGAUAUUACUUGAAUUCAAUCACUAAUUCACUAUGGCUUGUUCUAGUGCUCAAAUACACGGUCUUGGUACUCCAUCAUUUGCCGGUUCUGAAGAAGCCAAUUCUGCUCAUUCCAGAACAGUAUUUUUGGGGCAGAGGGUAGGUAGUUCAUCUUAUUUAGAGUUCCCUCGUUCUGCAUUUCUGAAGCUAAAGACCAGGAGGAGGUAUAGUGUGGGACCAGUGAGAGUUGUGAAUGAGAAAGUUGUGGGUAUUGAUUUGGGGACGACUAACUCAGCCGUCGCUGCUAUGGAAGGCGGAAAACCCACAAUUAUCACCAACGCCGAGGGUCAAAGAACGACGCCGUCUGUGGUGGCGUAUACCAAGAACGGAGACAGGCUUGUGGGUCAGAUUGCCAAGCGCCAGGCGGUGGUGAAUCCAGAGAACACUUUCUUCUCGGUGAAGAGGUUCAUCGGUAGGAAGAUGUCUGAAGUGGACGAAGAGUCAAAGCAGGUUUCAUACAGAGUAAUGAGAGAUGACAACGGAAAUGUGAAGCUUGAGUGCCCAGCUAUUGGAAAGCAGUUCGCAGCUGAAGAAAUCUCCGCUCAGGUUUUGAGAAAGCUUGUGGAUGAUGCUUCUAAGUUUUUGAAUGACAAAGUGACUAAAGCCGUGGUAACGGUGCCUGCAUACUUCAAUGAUUCCCAAAGGACUGCAACAAAGGAUGCUGGUCGUAUUGCGGGAUUAGAAGUCCUUCGUAUCAUCAACGAGCCAACUGCAGCUUCUUUGGCAUAUGGGUUUGAGAGGAAGAACAACGAGACAAUCUUGGUAUUUGACCUUGGAGGUGGUACUUUUGAUGUCUCAGUACUUGAGGUUGGCGAUGGAGUGUUUGAGGUUCUUUCUACCUCUGGAGAUACGCAUUUGGGUGGUGAUGACUUUGAUAAGAGAAUUGUCGAUUGGCUGGCUUCAGACUUCAAGAGAGACGAAGGAAUAGAUCUUUUGAAAGACAAACAAGCUCUUCAGCGUCUCACUGAGACUGCUGAGAAAGCAAAAAUGGAGCUGUCGUCAUUGACUCAAACAAAUAUCAGUUUGCCAUUCAUAACUGCCACAGCUGAAGGACCUAAGCAUAUUGAGACCACCCUCGCAAGGGCUAAAUUUGAGGAAUUAUGUUCAGAUCUUCUUGAUAGGCUCAACACACCGGUUGAAAAUUCAUUGAGGGAUGCAAAACUCUCAUUCAAGGAUAUUGAUGAGGUGAUAUUGGUGGGGGGUUCAACACGUAUACCUGCUGUUCAAGAGCUUGAAAAGAUGACUGGCAAGGACCCAAAUGUCUCUGUCAACCCUGAUGAAGUGGUUGCUCUUGGAGCUGCAGUUCAGGCUGGUGUCUUGGCUGGAGAUGUCAGUGACAUUGUGCUAUUGGAUGUUACUCCAUUGUCCUUGGGUCUGGAAACUCUAGGUGGUGUGAUGACAAAAAUUAUCCCUCGAAACACUACUCUUCCUACCUCAAAGUCAGAGGUCUUCUCAACAGCUGCUGAUGGACAAACAAGUGUAGAGAUCAAUGUUCUGCAGGGUGAGAGAGAAUUUGUUAGGGACAACAAAUCUCUUGGUAGCUUCCGGUUGGAUGGUAUCCCUCCUGCACCUCGUGGGGUUCCUCAGAUUGAGGUGAAAUUCGACAUUGAUGCUAACGGCAUUCUCUCAGUUGCUGCCGUGGACAAGGGCACAGGGAAGAAACAAGAUAUUACCAUCACUGGUGCUAGCACCUUGCCUAAUGACGAGGUGGAUAGGAUGGUGAAGGAGGCAGAGAGGUUUGCAAAGGAGGACAAAGAGAAGAGGGAUGCUAUUGACACCAAGAACCAGGCAGAUUCUGUGGUCUACCAGACUGAGAAGCAGUUGAAUGAGUUAGGAGACAAGGUUCCAGGUGCGGUGAAAGAGAAGGUUGAAGCUAAACUCGGGGAGCUUAAAGAUGCAAUUUCGGGUGGUUCGACCCAAGCCAUGAAGGACGCCAUGGCUGCCCUCAAUCAAGAAGUUAUGCAACUUGGUCAAUCCCUGUACAACCAGCCUGGAGCUGCAGGAGGAGCAGGGCCUUCACCCCCUGGUGGCGAGUCUGGACCUUCAGAACCAAAAGGCAAGGGACCCGAGGGGGAUGUUAUUGAUGCAGACUUUACCGACUCUUAAAUGGGUUUGGAGAGAUUUUCCGAAGCUUCUUUUUUCAAUGUUAAAUGAUGUCAGUUUUUUUUAUAUAAAAAAUAUUUAUUAGUAGUGAUUUUUUGUCAAUGAAGAGUGGAUGAAUGUGUUA